AUGGCCGAAGAUUCAACGACCAACAAUCCAAUCAUCGAUUCAACCACCAACAAUUCAACCAUCGAUUCAACCACCAACAAUCCAACAUUGCAACAAGACUCAGGGCCUUAUGUUGCACCCCUCGAGCUUGCGCCAGGCAGCACCACCCCGUGGAGAUACUAUGUCCGCUUCAACCACUCUCACACCCUAUCAGCGCACAAGAAAGCCAUGGGAGACAUUUCUGUUCUGGAAGAUGCGCCCCAGCCAAAAGGACUUUGGAGUGGCACGAUGACAGAUGAAUACCGAGAGCGUUUGAGACGAGAUCCUGGUGUCAUCGCAGUCUGGCAGUACCAUGGGCAAGGUGAAUGGUUCUGA